CUAAUGUUUGACAUACCGAGAAGUCAUGCAGUAAACUGAUCCAGUGUCCUGUGUUGUGUGGAGGGGCACGGCCCAGGGACUGGGAGGAGACGUAGCAUCGUCUCCGUGGAGCAGAGAGAGAGAGAGCCAUGGUCGAUCUCGCUGCUGCUCCAAUGGUUUCUGCCGCUCGUGUCUUCCUAGGAUUGAUCCCCGGGCCGUCGCACCCUAUGAGACUGCAGAAAGGCGCCGCCUUUAGCGCCUUCCCUUCCUUCUGUAGCGCUGGACUCAGGCCUUCUCCGAAUCCCCUGUCCCUCAGGAUCCCUUCCUCGCGUCCGUCGCGGCGGAAGCCGUUCCCCAAGCGCAAACCUUUCUCGCCUGUCAUGGAAUGGCAAGAUUGCAGCUCUGAGAUUGAAGUUGAUGUUCCAUGUUCCGUAGCUUAUGACUGCUAUUCUGACCGUGAGACAAUUCCAAAAUGGAUGCCCUUUAUUUCUUCUGUAAAGGUUCUACAGGAUAAGCCCUAUCUAUCGCGCUGGUCACUUAAGUAUGAAGUGUUUGGUCGUGAUGUUGAAUUCUCUUGGCUUGCUCGAAAUUUGCAACCUAUUCCUAAUCAGAAGAUACACUGGCGAUCUUUAGAAGGUCUUCCGAAUAGAGGUGCAGUCAGAUUUUUUCCCAAAGGUCCAUCUUCUUGCAGAGUUCAAUUGACAGUUUCUUAUGAGAUUCCUGAAAUUUUAAUUCCGGUGGCAGCAGCACUUAAGCCAUUCUUAGAAGGACUGCUUGCUCAAGGGUUACAAAGAUUCUCUGUCGUUGCAAAAGAUUAUGAGAGAAAGAUGCUGCAGCACUGAUCUGCCGGCCAUCUCUAAUUAGAAAGGAAAUUGAAAUAUUUGCCAUGACGUUAAUCAGCAUUCCUUGAAGUUUGCAACAGUUAACUCAUGAUUAAUCUCUGUAUCAAACAUUCCCUUAUUCCAUAUUGAGAGAUCUCUUGCUAUGUGCCAAUUUUUCUUGUUCCUUCUCUCUGAAAGAACCUGGUCAUUUCUGUAUUCCUUUACAGAUUCCUAUGCACUUGCAAAAUUUCUUUCAUGGGCA